UUUACCUGUGGUGUUUAUCUCAGCUGGUGUACUGUAAAUGUAAACUGUGUAAUGAAGAACAAAUAUUUUACAAACAACAAAUAUUUAUUUACAAAGUUUACUAUUCUAAUUUAAUUCAUACGCAUUAAUCUGUAUUGUAUUUAAAAAAUUGAGUUAAAAUAACGUACUAGAAAUCCAUAAAACGAAUAACUCUCCUAAAUAUUUUGUAAUGCAAAAUAACUGAUAAUUGUGUAAUAUAAAAACGAAAUCUACAUGAGCUUAGAUUUGGAACAAAGUAUCGAAACACAACAACUAAUGCAGAAUGAGGGGGAAGAUGAGGAGCCGAAGGUUUCUCCAACAGCAACCUCUCCGGUAACUAGUAAUAAAAUGUCGAGCGGUGCAGCAAGUCUUACAUCUAAAAAUGCUCAGGGUUUCUCAAACACAGCCAACAGUCUUAAUGAUUCCACUAAAAUGUCGUAUGUCAAUGAAAGAAGACAACAUCGUGACUUCAUGCGUUCCUACAAUAAUAGGCCUAAGCAUAUACCUAAAGAAACACCAGAUGUCAAGCACAUGGAGAAGGCUCUUUUAGAUUUACUUGAAGAUUUCCAUACAGGAAAAUUAAGUGCAUUUAGUACAGGCUGUAGUAUGGAACAAAUGGUUAAUGUUAGGGAUCAGCAAGAGCAUUUGGCUCGGCUGCAUUUUAAAUUAUAUGGUGAUCCAGAGAAACCAUCUGAGGACAAUUUUGAAAACUCUUCACCAAAAGAUAAGAUGACUCAACUUGUACAGAGUUUAGAGCAAUUGUCUGCAUCAAUUGAACAUUUGCAGUCAGAUGAAGCUGUUAGUUCUAGUAAUGAUAAAAAAGAGUCAUAAAGAUCAAUGUUUUUUUUUUCAUUUCUUUCUGGAUAUGUAUAUAAAGAUAAAUAAUAUAGUAGAAAUAUUAUAUCUUAUUAAAUAUAAAACAGUUUCUGUGUAAAACAUGAAGUUACUCAAUAAAAUUGUUGUAAUAAAAUAUAGAUGAACAAUGUAUGAAACUAUUUCAGAUUUGAAUUAUUCAUUCAUACAUUUAAUAUGUUAUAGUAAUAUUAAUUUUUUGCUUUAAUGUAUGUACAUAGUAACUGUGUGUGUUAAUAUUAGGUGAUUUCAUUAGUAUGGUCUCUAACUAAUUAAAUAAAAAUAUAUUGUAUUAUUAGCUAACAUAUUUUAUUGAUUAAUUAUUUAUCUUCAAGUAUGGCUUAUAAAAUGGUUAUGCAUAUUUUUAAUGUCACUGCAGCCCUGUUGAAUAUAUAUAUAUAUUUUUAUAUGUGAAUUUUGAUUGUGUCCUAUUAAGUAACACUCCAGACGCUGUGGAAGAUGAUAGGAUGUGUCAAAAUAAAUAAUUCUAAUGUUUGGCUACAUAUAAUUAAUUUUUUUUUUAUAAUCAUGGUUAAUUUUUAAUUUUUUUAUCUAUUAUUAAAUAGUUAAUUCUUCUGACUUGGUGAUCUUCUAUUGAUUCCGUUUCUAUCAAAUUACUGCGACGAAAUAAAUAAUAUCUCAAAUUUCA